AUGGACCCGUUCUUUCGUAAGCUGAAGUUCCGCAGAUGCACUCUCCGCACUGCGCAACUAGACCGCGCUUGCUUCGCGCUAGCGGGCGCCCGAAGAACCAAGGCGGUCGUAGGCUUCAGGGACUGCGGGAUGGCUGGCGAGGGCUUGAUCAAACGCAGCGUUGCCGGUCCAGUGAAAGCAUGUACGUGCAAGCUCGCCCGCUACUGCGAAGUCGUGGUGGUGGACGAAUUCCGGACAAGCAAAAAGCACUUCGACUGUCAAACAACGGACGACCUUACGAAUCAACGCGUCAUGCGCAAGUGCCGAGACGGCGUUGUCCGCAAGGUUCCCGUGCACAAAGUUCUGCACUGCUUGCGCAAGCACGGCGGAUGUGGUAAGUCAGUCGACCGAGACGUGAACGCGGCCAAGAACAUCCUCAGUAUACUGCAGAACCAGCUUGCAGGCAUCUCCGAACAACCUCUCCGCCUCCGGCGGUAG